AGACCAUUCCAUUGGUUGAGGUAAAUCUCCACCCACCUGGGGCAUCUGGCUAUGCAAAACCAGCAGGCCCACGGCUUCAGGUCUCUCAGUGACAACAGGGGACAACAAUACACAGAUCAGUGCAACACUAUAAUAGUAGAAAUGGAACGAGGAAGAGGAAGGACUCUGAAGAUUCUGUUCCUGUUGACACUCUGUCUGCAAUACUUCACUGGUCAAUGCCAAGUUUCAGGGCAGCUCUCUGAUCUGAGGAUAGUUCUGGUGGGGAAGACUGGAUCAGGGAAGAGCGCAACAGGAAACACCAUCCUGGGGUGGGAGGGGUUUAGAGAAGACUCCUCCCCUGAGUCUGUUACCUCACACUGUAUGAAGCAGAGUGGAAUGGUGGCUGGAAAGAAGAUCAAUGUGAUUGACACACCAGGACUCUUUGACACAAAAUUGACUGAUACGGAAAUGAAAAGUGAAAUAGAAAAGGCCAUCUACAUGUCAGUCCCAGGACCCCACGUCUUCCUGCUGGUGAUUAGACUUGGGGUGAGGUUCACAGAGGAGGAGAGGAACACUGUGAAGUGGAUCCAGGAGAACUUCGGAGAAGAAGCCUCAAUGUACACCAUCUUGCUGUUCACACAUGGAGAUCAACUGAAGGGCAAAUCAGUGGAGGAGUUUCUGGCUGAGAGCAAAGAGUUACGGAAACUCAUCAAUAUCUGUGGGGGCAGAUAUCACUCCCUAAUCAAUGACAAGAGAAAACACAACACUCAGGUCCCAGAGCUGCUGAAGAAGAUAGAGGAGAUGGUGAAGAAGAAUGGAGGAAAACACUACACCAAUGAGAUGUACCAGGAGGCCCAGAGGAAGAUCGAAGAGGAGGAGGAGAGGAAGAGACAGGAAGAGGAUAAGAGGGAGAAAGAGAGGCAACAGAAGGAGAGAGAAAGGAUCAGAAGAGAAGAAAUAUUGUCUCGAUGCAAGAUAUCAGCAUUGGUCAGUUCGGCUGUAUUGGGGUGGGGAUACAAAUUCUCAUCUCCAUUGUGGUUAGCAGCAGGGUCUGUAUCAGCCAUUUUUGAAGGUUAUCAAUGCAUGGAUGCUUAUUUCAAUUGGGGUGGUUCUGACCCAAAAGAGCACGAGGAAUAGGAUUUCACCAUCUCAGAUUGUUCUGAAGUUAAGAUUAGUUUUCAAGCUAUUUUUUUGGGGGGGGGGGAUAUAAUUUGAUCACUGAGAAAUUAAGCAAAUUGAUUGCACCCAAAUUGGCUAUUUUAAUUGAUAAGAUAUUCAAUAAAUAUACACUAUAUAUACAAAAGUAUGUGGACACCCCUUCAAAUGAGUGGUUUCGGCUAUUUCAGCCACACCCCGUUGCUGACAGAUUUAUAAAAUCGAGCAGACAGCCAUGCAAUCUCUACAGACAAAUAUUGGCAGUAGAAUGGCCUUACUGAAGAGCUCAGUGACUUUCAACAUGGCACUGUCAUAGGAUGACACCUUUCCAACAAGUCAGUUAUUGAAAUGUCGUCCCUGCUUGAGCUGCCCUGGUCAACUGUAAGUGCUGUUAUUGUGAAGUAGAAACGUCUCGGAGCAACAACAGCUGAGCCGCGUCUCUGUCCUCGGUUGCAACGUUCAUUACCGAGUUCCAAACGGCCUCUGGAAGCAACGUCAGCACAGGAGCUGUUCGUCGGGAGCUUCAUGAAAUAGGUUUCCAUGGCCGAGCAGCCGCACACAAGCCUAAGAUCACCAUACGCAAAGCGUCGGCUGGAGUGGUGUAAAGCUCAUCGCCAUUGGACUCUGGAGCAGUGGAAACACGUUCUCUGGAGUGUUGAAUCAAGCUUCAUCUGGUAGUCCGACAGAUGAAUAUGAGUUUGGAGGAUGCCAGGAGAACACUACCUGCCCAAAUUCUGUUUGAAUUUGGUUUGUUUCCAUGCCUGUCAUAACAUUCUUUAUCUGACCUGGACUUUACUUGCAUAAAAAUGUUGGAUAUGAAAUGGCAAAGGAAUUCGCACCUCGACAUCAACCCGAGUUGCAGUGACCUAAAAUCACAAAACAUUAAAAAUAUCAUGUGUAAUAGUGCAGUAUAAACACCAUUAAUCAUAUCGACUUUAUAAGUCUAAAAACACUAUUCUUUACAUCUGCCAAGAGAAACAGGACCAAUCCUCCUCUCUGAAGUGGGUCAUCAACAGAAGAAUGGCAGAAUGGCCUUUUGGCUUUUAAAAAUGUUGACAAUUCUCUUACUCUUGUUCGGGAGAGCUUGAGUCAGGCGACUGUCAACCACGACGCCAGGGAGGGUUUUGAAGUGGUCGCAGAGCCAUAACUUGGUGAAAGGAAAGGCCACUGUUCCUGGAGGUCACUGAUGCUUGGAGGAGGACAAGAGUCCUAUCCAUUGUUACAGAUAAUAUCCUUUCUUCAUUUUCUUUUAAAAAUGACAAAUAAACAAUUGUUAGGCUAUGUGCUGCACUCCAUACCAGCACAAGACAAACAAACAAA